AAUAAUUUCCCAUCUCCGCCCACUUACCAUCUGCCGCCUUCUUAUUGGACCACUAUGUUCUCCAUUUAUAACUCUCUCUCUCUCUCUCUCUCUACCCGAUCGCAUCGCUUUAGAUUCGUCGUGUCGAGUACGAAGUAGGUAUUAGUUCACUAUAACAAAGAUGGCGUCAACCGAGUCAUCACGUGAGGAAAAUGUUUACAUGGCCAAAUUGGCCGAGCAGGCUGAAAGAUACGAAGAAAUGGUUGAAUUCAUGGAGAAAGUGGCGAAGACUGUGGAUGUUGAGGAGCUAACUGUGGAGGAAAGAAACCUCCUUUCUGUGGCUUACAAGAACGUGAUUGGGGCUAGGAGAGCUUCUUGGAGGAUUAUCUCUUCCAUCGAGCAGAAGGAAGAGAGCCGUGGUAAUGAAGAUCAUGUCUCCAUUAUCAAGGAGUACAGGGGAAAGAUUGAGGCAGAACUCAGCAAGAUCUGUGAUGGGAUUCUGAGCCUUCUUGAUUCUCAUCUCGUUCCUUCUGCCUCAUCUGCAGAGUCCAAGGUGUUCUACCUUAAGAUGAAGGGUGAUUACCACAGGUACCUUGCUGAGUUUAAGACGGGGGCUGAGAGGAAGGAAGCUGCUGAGAACACCUUGUUGGCUUACAAGUCUGCUCAGGAUAUUGCUUUGGCUGAGUUGGCUCCUACUCAUCCAAUAAGGCUGGGGCUUGCACUUAACUUCUCCGUCUUCUACUAUGAAAUCCUUAACUCACCUGAUCGUGCUUGCAACCUUGCGAAGCAGGCUUUCGAUGAAGCUAUAUCUGAGCUGGAUACGUUGGGUGAGGAAUCAUACAAGGACAGCACAUUGAUCAUGCAGCUUCUCCGAGACAAUCUGACGUUGUGGACUUCGGAUAUCACGGAUGAAGGGGGGGAUGAGAUCAAGGAAGCUUCAAAACGGGAGUCUGGAGAGGGGCAGCAGCAGUAGGAGAUGUAUUUUGUACUUUUCAUAUGUCCUUAAAUAUAGAUUGCAUUUGGGUGAAUGUAUAAAGACUCAGAUGAAUUGGAAGAUCUUGACUGCUUGCAUGCUUGAAGUUGUAGUGUUCCUAUAGGUUGUAAGCUUGUUUUUCCAUCUCUGGUGAAAAAGGAUAUGACUGAGUCAUUGAUGGCUAUGUUAUUUGAAUAGUCCUUGCAUUAUUUAUUUUUGACCUUGUGGUUAUGGUUCACCUAUUGGGACAACCACUUUGUGCACUAUACCAAAGAUUAGGUGUGUACUUAAUCUUUUCUCUCCUAAACACACAUUAAUGUGUACUAA